CAAAACGAGAAAUCAUUGCAGUAACUGGACUGCUGCACAUCAUGGCUAGUUUGUUGCUGAUGCUACGCAAGAGAGCGCCUUGUGUUUUGCCAAGACAUUCUGGAUAUGUUCGAUUUGUUUCUACCGAUCAAAUUCCGCUUGUUCAUGAUGUGUUUCGACCCAGACUGGAGGAGCAUUACUACAACUCGUUGAUGGAGGAUCUGAUGGUUUUGUCUUAUGAUCAUUUUUCCCCAUCAGCAGGACUGGAUGCUCUUGAGAGUUUUCCUGAAUGGAAUAGGUCUUUAGGAGAUUAUCCACUUCACGAUCUGUAUUCAUCUACACUGGCAAAGCUUCCUACUCGUCCCGAGUCGCAGCAGAUGGUAUCGUCGUUGCUGGCUUUAGAAACAGCAAAACAGGAAUUGCGACCCAGAAGAUACCGAAAAUUGUUGUAUAAUCCCAUUGACUAUACAGCAGUUCCUCGUCAUAUUCUGACAGCCAAGCCGCCACCACCACCGCCGCCGCCGUAUGCACCUCUACCAUCGCGCUUGCCUAUUCCCAAGCGUAUUGAGCUCAAGAUCUGGUGCGAGCAAGCAGCAACCAACAAGAAUCUUUUACUGUCAGCGAUCAUGUGUUUGCAAUCCAUUAGUGGAACACAGGCAAGUCCAUUGUUUGCAGAGACGGGAGAUUCAAGUAAGCGAAUCCGAGCAGGGAUGCCAUUAGGAGCACGAGUUGAGCUUACUGGAUCGCUCAUGUAUGGAUUUAUUGAUAAGCUUACACAGUGCGUGCUUCCUCGAAUGCGAGAGUUCAAGGGAAUAAGUCCUAUUGGAAACGAUCAAGGCAUGAUGAAGCUUGUUUUGCCAGAAACAGCAGUAGGAUAUUUUCCUGAUAUUGAACCUCAUUUUGAUCAGUAUCCAAGAAUGUUUGAGACGGAUGUGAUGAUGUAUACAACAGGUAAGAAUGACUGGGAGGCAGCAUUGUGCCUGAGUGGGUUUCAGAUACCAUUUAUGGAAGAGAAGCAUGUAGUGGUUGAAUCAGUAGCAGCGGAAACAACAGUGGAUCGAUGGACAGCGAUCCGAGCAGCCAAGACCAAAGAGGAAAGAGCAAGGUUGCACAAGAUUGCAGAAGAAGAAGAGAAGAAGAGUAAGCAGAAAAAUAAAGAAUGAAUAUUGAGAUG